AUGGGUAGUAUUGAUGUACGAGAUCGGUCUCCAACUCUCAAGGACCCUGCUUCAUAUUCCGUUCCCUUGGAAGCUCAGAGGGUAUACAAAGAAGGCAUCCUCAAGAACCCGUUGAUCGCGAAGGACCUACCUCAGGAAGCGGUUGACUUUGGACGGUCGGUACGAUUCGUUGGCUCGGACUCUCCCAGUAUCCCCAUCAGUUGGCGGUUUGCCGAGUCCGCAGCCGCGCUGAAGGCUCUAGAAGCAUCACUCAUCGCGGCGCUGUUGAAACGCAAAUACGAAAUCACCGUGUCGCCAGCCACCAUCAACACCGAUCACGCACAGCUAUUCUUUGCCUCCACUCUGUUAUGGAAGAUCAACCCUGACACCGACGACGAGAUCGGCGCGGAUCUAGCUGGAGACAGCAAGAUACACAGGUACAUCAAAGACUAUGACUUCCACAAACACGCCUCUUCCUUGCAUCGCAUCAAUGCUACCAACAUCUACCGAACCAAGGAUGGCAAAUAUUUCCACUUGCAUGGAAGCAUGAACCCUGAGCCCACCCUCGACUCGGUCGGGCUUCCGCAUGAGCGUGACGCAAAGACUUGGGAGGACGCAUGGGAGCCGUUCUUUGAGAAGCUGUCGCAGAUCGAAAGUGGUGAUAUGCAGCGACGCGCUUCAGACGUCUAUAAGCAAGCCGGGGUAAUUUGUGAAUCGCUGGAUUCCUUCCGAGCCUCUGAGCACGGUAGAGCAAAUGCCCAUGUGGGCCUGUUCGAGAUUCACCCCGUCAGCAAUCCUCGGCAACCUCCCAGCUGGUGGCCUUCCUGCCCACAAACAUCAUCUCGGAGACCACUUGCCGGACUCAAGGUUGUCGAUCUCACCAGGGUCAUUGCAGCGCCCGCUGUGACUCGUGGUCUUGCUGAGCUGGGAGCCUCCGUCAUGCGAAUUACCUCGUCCAAAAUCUGCGACUACAGCUCACUCCAUGUCGACUUGAACUGGGGAAAAUGGAAUGCCAGUCUCGACCUCAAGAGCGGAGAUGACCGGGAAAAAUUGAAAAAUUUAAUUCUCGAUGCCGAUGUUGUUGUCCAAGGGUACCGACCAGGCGUCCUAGACAAGUAUGGCUUUGGUCAGCAGGGCAUCAUUGAUCUGUGCAGAGAUCGCGAGCGCGGUAUCAUCUCUGCACGGGAGAACUGCUACGGCUGGAACGGGCCCUGGACGUACCGAUCGGGCUGGCAACAAAUCAGCGAUGCUUGCGUCGGCAUCUCAUGGGGGUUCGGCAAAGCCAUGGGCCUCGAGGAUGGCGAAGCGGUGACGCCCGUGUUUCCCAAUAGCGACUACAUGACGGGAAUCGCAGGGGUCAGUGGCGUCCUAUGUGCCUUGAUGCGCCGUGCAGACGUAGGUGGCUCUUACAAGGUCGACCUUGCGCUGAACUACUACAACACGUGGCUUGCGAACAGUGUUGGCCAGUACCCCGAGGCAGUUUGGCAGGAUCUUUGGAAGAGAAAUGGCCGUCAGGUCUUUCGGUAUGAUCUUAGUCUUCCCUUGUUGCUGCUGUGGUUGGAUAUGAUCGGAUCUUCUAACGCAAUGUCAAAUUCCAGGUCGCAUCAUAACAUGCUGUACACCAUCCCGCGAUUCUUGAAAAUGAUCCACGAAAACAGUUCAGACAAAUUACUGAGGCCCGAAUUCUUCGAGGACCGCAAGAGCAAAGCCAUUGGCGCCACGAUAAGGACUGUGAAGCCCAUCAUUGGCUUUGAAAAUGACGAGGUUAUGUUUAAAUAUAACGUCGGAACCAGGGGGAACGAAGUGGACGCGCCGUUCUGGCCAGAGGAUCUCACAACCGAGAUAGUUCGUUGA